CUUUAAUCAUAACAGAAAUAGGUAGCGAAGAACUACUUAAAUAAACAAACUAUUAUCUUUAGCUUAUUUAAAGUUUUAUUUCCUAAGAAUUUAAAGUUAAUAUAUAUCUUAAUUUUUAUAAUUUAUACUUAAAUAAUGCCAGUAUAUGAUGUAGAUGAUGUUGUAAAAAAAGAUAAUAAGCCUUGUUCAGGCGUUAAACAAGAUUUAAUCCAGUGUCUAAAAGCUACGGAUUGUGUUAAAAUUGAAAAGAAGACUCCCAAGGAAUGCUUGAUGUCAUAUCACCAUUCAGUACCACAAGAAUGUCAUGCUUUAAGGAAUUUAUAUUUUGAAUGCAGAAGAUCUUUGCUAGACAAUAGAACAAGAUUUAGAGGUCAUAAAGGUUAUUAAUAAUGAAGAAUUUAUACAAGUAGCAUUGAGAAAGAACUGUAAAUAUCUUUUAUAAAAUUAACAUGUUAGUUUUUUGUUUGAAAUUCUCAUUUGUACAUUGUUAAUAAGAAAUAAAGUUAGAUUUAACAAAUUGUG